UAACGUUCUGAACGAUCUUAGUUCAAAUGGCCAAUUAGAUUUUUUUUCCAAAAAUGUCUGUGUUAUUUCAAACAGUUAUCAAUACAGGAAGACUGUGUUCAUACAGAAAUUUUAAAAAAUCUGUUACCUCGUGCAGAUGUUUAGCUAUAAGAAAACUCUCAGAUGUUCCGCGAAAGUUUAUUAACUUUGAGGAGGUCGUGGCGGCCCGGCGAGCAGAGGCACGGCGUAGUGUUGUAGUGCAAGUCAACUCUGAGGCAUCCUUUAGUGAACUACACACCUACUGUUCAAAAUAUGCAGAUGUCAAGGGAAUUCAUCACUAUCGGAAUUCAAGUGAAGAGCACUUUAUGCUUAUUGAAUUUAACACAGAAGAUAAUCUGAAAGAUGUAUUACGGAGUUGUAGCUCACACCAAAAAGACAUUGAUGUCAUGUCCCUUCGGUCCCCAUUCCUCUGGUUCCGCGCUGCUCCUGGGAAAAAGGAAAAGACUGUUCCAUGUCUUAGUUCUCUUAAUACAAAGGAUGGGAGCUUGGAUCUCAGUGAAGACAUUUUGUUUCAAGAGUUGAUGAGUGCCCAAACAGUGUCUGAUCAGAUACAGCUUUUGUAUGAUAGGACUAUAUUGAAUGACCUUGGUGUUCGGUUACGAUUUAUAGUGGCUCGAGAGCUAGAAGUGAUGUUAGAAAGCUUGUAUGCAAAUAUUGAGGUUCAUCCCUUCGGGUCUUCAGUGAAUGGAUUUGGACGAAUGGGUUGUGACCUGGACCUAGUACUUACUAAUACACUUACUAAUGAUAUGAUGGAUCCAUCAAAGCGUCUAGUAUACCAAGAGAAGCGUAUCGAGUCCCGACCAGCGCGGCAGCUGGAGUUGCUAGCAGAGUUACUGGACAUGCGCGCAGUCGGCGUGGCGCGCGUGCAACGCAUCCUGCACGCGCGCGUGCCCAUCGUGAAGUUCGCGCACCACAUCACCGACGUGGACUGCGACCUGUGUUAUAGCAACAUGUCCGGGGUAUACAUGUCAGAACUCCUGCAUCUACUAGGCUCCCUGGACCCCCGCGUCAGGCCGCUAACUCUAGCAGUCCGUCGCUGGGCCGCAGCAGCCCAGCUGACAGCAACAGCACCUGGGCGCUGGAUCACCAACUUCCCGCUGACGCUGCUUGUGCUGCACUUCCUGCAGCAGGCCAGGGUGCUGCCGAGCGUCAAGCUCCUCGUCAGCAAGGCUGAAAAAGAAGACAUCCGAAUAGCAGAAGACAACCUCAACUGCACGUUCCUCCGCGACGCGAACAAGCUCCCUCCCACCAGUUACUCCCAAAACGACUCCUCUCUCGAGACGCUACUGCUGCAGUUCUUCGAGUUCUACGCGCAGUUCGACUUUGCUGACAAAGCCAUCUCGUUAAACGAGGGCGCUGCCGUGAGAAAACCAAAUGGGCUGCCGCUGUACAUCGUCAAUCCUAUGGAACAGGCGUUGAACGUCAGCAGAAACGUCAGUUACGAGGAAUGCGAACGCCUGAAAUUGGAAGUCCGCAAUGCAGCCUGGCAGCUCGAAGCCGGCCUCGAAGGGGACAAAACGGACGACUGGGGCCUACUCGGCCUCAUCGAGAAGAAGUCCACUAGAGGCCUAAAGAAAUUGCUCCGAGUGGGCAACUCACAACGACUAGUGUCAGUUAAAGAUUUAUUCACUAACGAAGAAGACAACCAGCCCGUUGGUAAUGAUAUUAAAGAUAAGUUGGACAGACUGGCUAGGAAGGGAGGGAAUGAGAAAGUGGAUAAGAGUAAAGUGAAGUUUAAGAAUAGUCAGGUCGCUAGCGAAGUGUAUAGGAUACGGCGGGAUAAGUUGUUAUGAAAGUUUGAUGAGUAAUUGUAGUAGUAAGUGUUGGUUUAGGUAUUGGCUUUUGAGUUCAUCAAAUCAAGUUGAGUUGACGCGCAGACAGUUUAAUAAAUAAAUUAUAGAAUGAGAAGAAUCAAAAUUGAAUAUAAAACAUUGAUUUAUUGAUAUAUCUAUUGUUUUUUAUCCAGGGGCGUAGCUAGAGGAUAUGGCGCCCGGGGCAGUCACCAAAUUUGCGCCCCCUGACACAGAAUAACUAAUAGUACUACCGUACAUAAAAUUCACUCCUUCACAAAAGUCAGAUUUAGGUAUAAAAUUACACCUAUACUCGCCGCCUGCAAGCAAAAUUGAAACUUAUAACCGCGCACGAACCGUGAAUCUUCUUUGCGCGCCGCAGUUUGCCCCUGACGACUGACAAAAGUUUCCCUGCUGCUGCCUGAGGGCACCCGGGGCACGUGCCCCCUCUGCCCCCCUCCUAGUCACGCCACUGUUUUUAUCAUGAAACCGUCUAGGUUUUUAGUUGAAAUAAAAUGCAAAUGUCAGUCAGAGCUGUUGUUGUAUAUUUCUAUCACUUGAUUUCUUCGAGGGUGACUAUUGAAAUAGAUUUAGAUUUAUUUAUUUCAUAAUACAGAUUACCUACAUUAUAAAUUGCAGGCAUAUCAAUCUACCCUACAACCACCCCAUCCAGGUUGAGUAGACUACCCUUCACAGUAACGUAGGCUUCUGGCUUUAUCGUCACAAAAAAUAAGCCUUGCGGGAUUUUCACUAGUUCACUUUGGCGUGUCAUUAACAUUGGGAUUCAAAAGCUCAAAACUAGAAGUCAAUGCGUUUAUCAUUGAACUUGCGAUGUGUGUGUGAUCGUUGAAAUGAUGUAUUGGAUUGACACAAAUUAGCUAUGUUUGGUAGUUGUUCCUUAAUGAGUGGCAAUGAUUACUAAAUAAAAUUAUAUAAAAAAGAAAUACCAUGAAAAGUAAUUUUCCAAAAAGGUUAACAAUGAUUCAACUUCAUGUUUUGAUUCAUUAGAAAAUGCAAAAAGUGUAAACAACAAUUUAACUUUAAGGGGCCCACUGACUAUCAGUCCGCCGGACGAUAUCGGCCUGUCAGUUGUUCGGAACUGUCAAAUUUUUGUUCUAACUGACCAUGAAUCUAGUAUAACUGGAUCGGUCAUGAGGAGUGGGGGAAAAUGACCGAACGGGAUAGUCUUAUGUAUCUUUCAGUAGGAGUAGCAGAGAAAGCGCUGUUAUUGUUUGUCCUUGUCAUAGUUUCACUUUUCCACCGCUGCCACAACCGAGGUUGUGGCAAACAAAUACGUACGUGACAUGUCAUGUUUGUUCGUUGCUUGUUUAAUUAUCGUUGUUUUGUAUGAAAUUGUGCUUUCUCUUAUGAGAUAUAGUGAUUGAACUUUGAUAAAAUACUGGUGAAUUGUUCUGUAAUCGGCUGUAAUAGCCGCUCUGAGCAAAAAUAUGAGAUCAUAACCUUUCACACGUAAGUACGGUAUUUUACACCUUCCUCUUAACGCAA